AUGAAGGAGCUUCAUGAGAAACUCCUUAAGGAGAUCAACGGCCAAUCCACCGACGAUAUCGAAUCCCUUUCUCCACAAAAAUUCGCUGAAAAGACUAAGCAGCUCCAUGACCUUUCCCUGAUCACGGACCGAUACUCAGAGGUUGAGUCCCUAAUUAGGGACUUGCAAUCAUUACAACAAAUGUUGGACGACCCUCUCACAAUGCAGGACAAGGAUCUGCUGGAGAUGACAAAGGAAGAGAUCAAGACGACAACCGAGAGUAUUACUGAGAAGGAGAAGGAACUGCUGUUGUCGAUGUUGCCAACGGAUACUGCGGACGAGGCCAAUGCAAUUCUAGAGAUUCGUGCAGGGACAGGAGGUGAUGAGGCCGGAUUAUUUGCAGCGGAUGUCCUAAGAAUGUACGAGCGUUUUGCAGAGAGGCAGCGAUGGAAGUGGGAAGAGAUCGCAAAGACCCAUGACGGCCUCGGAGCCAUCAAGGAUGCUACAAUCGCCAUCACUGGAUCAAACGUGUUUGGUCAAUUGAAGUUCGAGUCAGGAGUCCACAGAGUACAGCGUGUCCCCGCUACGGAAACACAGGGAAGAAUCCACACCUCCACAGUAACAGUGGCGAUCAUGCCGCAACCCACAGAAGUUCAGGUCCAGAUUCAAGACUCGGAUGUGCGUGUGGAUGUGUUCCGCGCCUCUGGGUCCGGCGGACAAAAGGUCAACACCACAGACUCUGCGAUUCGGUUGACGCAUAUUCCAACGGGUAUUGUCAUUGCCAUCCAGGAUGAACGCUCGAACCAAAAGAACAGAGCCAAGGCUUUUACGAUCCUGAGGGCCAAGCUGUAUGAGCUGGAGAGAGGGAAGUUGGCGAUGGAGAGACGGGACACAAGAAGGAAACAGGUUGGAUCUGGCACUCGGUCUGAGAAGAUCAGGACGUAUAAUUUUCCUCAGAACCGCGUAACGGACCAUAGGAUCAACAAGACGCUGCACGAACUGGAAGGAAUGCUGGAUGGCGAGUCGCUACCAGAGUUCAUUCAGGCACUUAAGAUUGAAGAGCAAACGGACUUGCUGAUGGCCAUGAAUGAAGAAGAGUCCUGA